AUGAUGAACAAUCUAACGACGAACCACUCCUCAAUUCUAUCUCCUGGGCCUGAAGAAAAAAUGCCCCGAGAUACAGCCCCACAAGACUCCGAUGGGCUCUCCCUCAAGCCUGUUGGAGCGCCCAGCCCUCCUCCGAAUGGUGGCCCCAGAGCCUGGUUGAACGUCCUUGGAAGUUUCAUGCUCUACUUCAACACUUGGGGGAUUCUCAACACCUUCGGAGCCUAUCAAACAUACUACGAGUCUGGAGAGCUCUUCGAUGCGAGUUCCUCGGAGAUAUCCUGGGUCGGAUCGAUCGCUGCCUUUUUACUGCUGUUUGUUGGAAUAUUCGUUGGUCCCGUCUUCGACCGUGGCUACCUGCGAACUCUUCUUCUCGUAGGCAGCUUCAUGGUCGUCUUUGGCCACAUGAUGCUCAGUCUCUGCGAUUCCCUCUGGCAAGUUCUACUGGCCCAAGGCUUCGUCAUAGGCAUUGGGGCCGGGUGUCUGUUUGUCCCCUGCGUCGCCAUCAUACCUCAAUACUUCAGCACAAGGAUGGGGACUGCCUUGGGAAUUGCUGCGUCUGGAUCCGCCCUGGGUGGAGUCAUCUAUCCCAUCGUUCUCUAUCGGCUCAUCGGCGAGAUUGGGUUCCCCUGGGCUACUCGCGUCAUCGGCUUCAUCGUUUUGGGUACCCUCUUGAUACCCAUUGUUACCAUGAGACUUCGAGUCCAACCCCCAAAGAUCAGAGCCAUGGUCGACAUGACCGCCUUCACCGACAUCAGCUACAUGGCCUUUGUCCUCAACUCGCUGCUCGCCUACAUGGGACUUUUCGUCAUCUUCUUUUACCUAUCCUACUACGCCGCGGCAGAACACAUCACAGACGACUCUCUCGCAUUUUACCUCGUCCCCAUCUUUAACGCUGCAUCAGUGUUCGGCCGCACUAUACCCAACAAGCUUGCCGACAAGAUCGGCCCUUUCAACCUUCUGGCGCCGUUUUCUUGCGUCUCUGGAGCCCUAAUGCUCUGCAUGAUGGCCGUUCACUCCAAGGGCGCUGUUAUUGUUCUGGCCAUACUCUCUGGUUUCAUGAGUGGCGCUCUUAUUGGGCUUCCGCCAAUUUGUCUUGCGGUCCUGACCAAGGACAAGUCUAGACUGGGAACCCGAAUCGGUAUGGGCUAUGCCAUCAUUGCUCUGGGUGUUCUCAUCAGUGGCCCAAGUGGUGGAGCUAUUCUAAGCGGCAAUGGCAACACUUUGCAUUGGCACAACUUGUGGACGUUUGGUGGUGUGCCUAUAUGUCUUUCUGGGUUGGGCUAUGCCGCCAUUCGUGUGUCGAUCUACGGCGCAAAGGUUAGGGUCAAGGCAUAA